CGCCUUCCUUUCUCUCGCCUCACAAUCAUCAUCAUCAGCAGCAGCAGCAGCCAUGGCCCGCGCCGCGUCCCUUUUCCAGGCCGGCUCCUUGAGCACUUGAGGCGGAUUUAUGGUCACGUUGCAUCCGGAGGCAAUUUGAGGAUGCGGGCGACGUGCUGGUGCGCCGUGUUCCUCCUCACGCCUGCGCUCGACCUGAUUACAAGUGUCCACUCCUCAAAUUCUGAGAUUGUCAAGUCUGGGAGCCCCAAAUCUACUCUCAAGCAUAUAUGGACAGAAAGCAGUAAGGACAUGUCCAUAAGUAGGCUGUUGUUACAGACUCUGCAUGGCAAAGAGAACAACACGGCACUGGACCUUCGUUAUGAUACCCCAGAACCCUAUUCAGAACAGGAUCUGUGGGAAUGGUUGAGGAACUCCACGGACCUGCAGGACUCACGGCCCCGGGCUAAACGGCGGCCCAUGGUCAAGACUGGGAAGUUUAAAAAGAUGUUCGGCUGGGGGGACUUCCACUCUAAUAUAAAGACAGUCAAGCUCAACCUGCUGAUCACUGGUAAGAUUGUGGAUCACGGCAAUGGCACGUUCAGCGUCUACUUCCGCCACAACUCUACAGGACAGGGCAACGUAUCUGUCAGUCUGGUCCCUCCAACGAAGAUAGUGGAGUUCGACGUAGCGGCACAACAGUCCGUCAUUGAUGCCAAGGACUCCAAGUCCUUUAAUUGCCGCAUCGAGUACGAGAAGGUGGAGAAGGGUGCCAAGAACACGCUCUGCAACUUUGACCCAUCCAAGACAUGCUACCAGGAGCAAACCCAGAGUCACGUCUCCUGGCUCUGCUCGAAACCUUUUAAAGUGAUCUGCAUCUUCAUUUCCUUUUAUAGCACCGACUACAAACUGGUGCAGAAAGUGUGUCCGGACUACAACUACCAUAGUGACACUCCCUAUUUCCCAUCUGGCUGAUAUUUUCAUCCAAACAAAUGCAAUAUUGCUGAGGAGUGAGACACAGACCAAGGCUUCGACCCACCACAGAGGAAUGUGUAUCAAACCAGCGUCAACCUAUUGAGUUCAUAUUGCAAAGUUUCAUUUUUUAGCCGGGAUUGAACUUCAUCGUUCAUGUUAAAACUUGUGAAAUACGAAGGUGUACCAAUACUGAGCCGACGAUAUACCCCCUCCCCCCAGGAACGCCUGUUUUAUUGCCACUGGAAUAUGUACAGUAGAUAGGAAGUUUUGAUUGAUUGAUGGAACACCAACAAGCCAGAAAAGUAGUUACAUGCGCACAAUCCACUGAAGUCCAAUAUACAAUAUGUUUUUAGUGUGGUGACCGAUUAGGGAGUUUUGCUUUUAUUUCUGUUUGUACUGACAACUUUAUGAACUUACCAUAGCGCUAUUAUUUAACUAAAGCAGGUUUAAAGACCACGUACAAAAAUGUUUAAAAACCUCGCAAUUAUUAUUUGUCCUCGCAACGCAGUUGAAGAUGCUAACGAGAGUUUUGUUUUUAGUAUGUGAGGUGGUCUGUGCAAAGGCUCCCCCAGCUGAGUUUCACUGAUUAACGCAUUGAAAAUUGACUCUGGAACACAAGCGCUCCUCAGCUGUCUUCAGAAUGCUACUACUCGUCCAAACAGAUUCUUAGCUGACUACUUACCUGAUUACCUGACUGGAACCUAAUCAGUGGGUAGUUUUGGGGAGAUAGGACUCACUCAUUAUCGCCUCAUAUACAUAUAUUAUACAAUGUAUUGAAUUCUAUAUCUUAUUGCCUAAUUUGUAUGAAUUGUUUGUAUUGUAAAUAGUUUAUUCUCCAGAUGCUUCUGUAUAUGCGCCCCAUGAGCUGUUCGUGUUACUCCUUUCUUGCUUAGUCUACUAGUUCACCCGAUUGAUGCUUGUUCUUGGUUCUUCUAAGAAAAUGAUGUUGCUGCCCUUAGAUGUGAUUUUACUGGAAACAGCAAUCCUGUACAGAGCCUGUGUCAGCUAAAUCCAGGGUGUCCACAGAAACACUGCCACAUUACACAGUUAUGUGAAGUCAUUUCAAUACAUUAUAUAAGAAGAAGAAGAAGAAGAAGAGUUUUCUUUGGGCGUACAUUUCGAGCAACAUUUAAGUACCCCAACUUCCUGCAAGCUGAAAAUUGAAGCGUGAUCACUCGGGCACAUUGAGUGUGAUGAAUCAUACCACUGUAGCAACUAACUGUAAAAGAUAUAACGAUAAAGUUACAGAUGUUUGAAAUCAGGGAGUGUUUUUGUGGACACCCUGUACAAUACAAGUAUUCAUUAUAAUUGUCUUUAUUGGCGGGAGAGGAUGGAGAUCUACAUAUGAAUAAAAAUCUAGUCAAUUUUA